UUCCUGGCUGGCUUCUGAUACCUCCUCCUUUCUCUCUCUCUCUCUCUCUCUUUCUAUCCCUCCUCUCUUGCUUUUCGAUUAAUUUUAUUUUCGGAGCUGUUAUUAUUUUUUUCUUGCUUCUCUGCGUUCCUGUCGGAGUGAUCGGCUGAUUGGUUCAGUGAGGGACGGAGGGAGAGGGUUGGCAAUGGUGGGGAGGAGUGACCAGCCCUAGGGUCGAUCGGUGAUGAUGGGCGCGGACGUCGCCAUGGAGGGCUUGAGAGAGCGGGCGACCUUCAUGAGGGAAAGCUUGCAGAAGAGCCAGGAGAUCACGGACAACAUGGUCUCGAUCCUCGGUUCCUUCGACCACCGCCUCUCUGCCCUCGAGUCCGCCAUGCGGCCCACCCAGGUGAGGACGCAUGCGAUCAGAAGGGCACAUGAGAACAUUGAUAAGACGUUGAAGGCGGCAGAGGUUAUUUUAGCUCAAUUCGAUCUUUGCAGACAGGCAGAAUUUAAGAUAAUGAAGGGGCCUCGAGAGGAUCUUAGUGGCUUUCUGGAAGCAGUGGAUCAGCUGAGAAACAACGUUAAUUUCUUCAGUUCUAACAAAAGCUUCAAAAAUAAUGAUGGUGUCCUUAAUCAUGCAAAUGGUUUGCUUGCUAAGGCUAUGCAGAAGCUUGAAGAAGAGUUUAAGCAACUGUUAGCUUCUUAUAGUAAAGUUGUGGAGCCGGAUCGACUGUUUGAGUGCCUUCCCAAUUCUUUGCGGCCAUCUACUGGAUCUCCUGGUCCACAUGGUGAUUCUGGUGUCAGGAAUGCUCCCAUUCCCAAUCAUGCUGAACAAAUGAAAAGUACAGAUGCUACAGUACAUACACUUCCAACGCUUAUACCUCCGAGGAUAAUGCCACUGUUACAUGAUUUGGUAGAACGGAUGGUACAAGCAGGUCACCAGCAUCAAUGCAUAAAAAUCUACAGGGAUAGCCGUGCUACCGUUUUGGAACAGAGCCUUCGGAAGCUUGGUGUAGAAAAGCUAAGUAAAGAUGAAGUCCAGAGGUUGCAGUGGGAGGUUUUGGAGGCUAAAAUUGGCAACUGGAUUCAUUUCAUGCGCAUUGCCGUCAAGAUACUUUUUGCUGGGGAAAGAAAAGUUUGUGAUCAGAUAUUUGAAGGUAUGAACAAUCUUAAGGACCAGUGCUUUGCAGAAGUUACUGCAAGUAGUGUUGCUAUGCUCCUUAGUUUUGGAGAGGCUAUUGCAAAAAGCAAGAGGUCGCCUGAGAAAUUGUUUGUACUCCUGGACAUGUAUGAAGUAAUGCGUGAACUUCAGCCUGAAUUUGAAGCAAUUUUUGAAGGCAAAGCAUGCACUGAUAUGCGUGAUUUAGCAGUGAGUUUGACAAAACGAUUGGCACAGACAGCCCAUGAAACUUUUGGUGAUUUUGUGGAGGCAGUUGAAAAAGAUGCUACAAAGACAACAGUUCAGGAUGGAACAGUGCAUCCGCUGACUAGUUAUGUCAUUAAUUACGUGAAAUUUCUCUUUGACUAUCAAUCUACACUGAAGCAGCUGUUUCAGGAAAUUGACAAUGGUGAUGAAUCAAAUUCGCAGUUAGCAUCUGUGACAAUGCGAAUAAUGUCUGCUCUUCAGGUCAAUCUGGAUGCAAAAUCCAAGCAAUAUAAGGACCCUGCAUUGACUCAGCUGUUUCUUAUGAAUAAUAUUCACUACAUGGUUAAGUCUGUUCGUAAGUCUGAGGCAAAGGAUUUGUUGGGCGAUGACUGGGUGCAAAGGCAUCGCCGGGUGGUACAGCAGCAUGCAAAUCAGUACAAGAGGAUUACUUGGAACAAGAUUGUACAGAGCCUGUCAGUUCAAGGUUUGACUUCGUCAGGUGGUGGUAGUGUUGCUGUCGCAGAUAGUGGAAACAGCAGUGGAGUUUCAAGGUCGACGGUCAAGGAGAGGUUUAAGAACUUCAACAUCAUGUUUGAGGAGCUUCACCUAAAACAAUCUCAGUGGACUGUGCCAGAUAGUGAACUUCGUGAAUCUCUAAGGCUCUCUGUUGCAGAAAUCCUCCUACCUGCAUACAGAUCUUUUGUCAAACGCUUUGGACCGCUUAUUGAGAAUGGAAAAAAUCCUAUGAAGUAUAUCAGGUAUACACCGGAGAACCUUGAGCAAAUACUGAACGAAUUUUUUGAGGGUAAAACAUGGAAUGAACCGAAGCGAUAGUGGGAGACAAUGUCUGUUGCUCCUAAUGUGUAAGUAGACUUGUUAGUACGUGUGCUGGUAUUAAUGAUUUGUCUGGAACUUUUAUUCAUUUUUAUAAGCAAUAAAGUGGGAAUCUUUGAUUCCCGGUCAUGUUAUUUC